UGGGUGAGUAGGUAUCAAUCUCACUGAUCCCUACACCAGACUGGGUGAGUAGGUAUCAAUCUCACUGAUCCUCUACACCAGACUGGUUGAGUAGGUAUCAAUCUCACUGGUCCUCUACACCAGACUGGGUGAGUAGGUAUCAAUCUCACUGGUCCUCUACACCAGACUGGUUGAGUAGGUAUCAAUCUCACUGGUCCUCUACACCAGACUGGGUGAGUAGGUAUCAAUCUCACUGAUCCUCUACACCAGACUGGGUGAGUAGGUAUCAAUCUCACUGGUCCUCUACACCAGACUGGGUGAGUAGGUAUCAAUCUCACUGAUCCCUACACCAGACUGGGUGAGUAGGUAUCAAUCUCACUGGUCCUCUACACCAGACUGGGUGAGUAGGUAUCAAUCUCACUGGUCCUCUACACCAGACUGGGUGAGUAGGUAUCAAUCUCACUGGUCCUCUACACCAGACUGGGUGAGUAGGUAUUAAUCUCACUGGUCCUCUACACCAGACUGGGUGAGUAGGUAUCAAUCUCACUGGUCCUCUACACCAGACUGGGUGAGUAGGUAUCAAUCUCACUGGUCCUCUACACCAGACUGGAUGAGUAGGUAUCAAUCUCACUGGUCCCUACACCAGACUGGGUGAGUAGGUAUUAAUCUCACUGGUCCCUACACCAGACUGGGUGAGUAGGUAUCAAUCUCACUGGUCCUCUACACCAGACUGGUUGAGUAGGUAUCAAUCUCACUGAUCCCUACACCAGACUGGGUGAGUAGGUAUCAAUCUCACUGGUCCUCUACACGAGACUGGGUGAGUAGGUAUCAAUCUCACUGGUCCCUACACGAGACUGGGUGAGUAGGUAUCAAUCUCACUGGUCCUCUACACCAGACUGGGUGAGUAGGUAUCAAUCUCACUGAUCCCUACACCAGACUGGGUGAGUAAUUUUAAUAGUAAAAUGAAAUAUUGUCAUUUAGAAGACGGUUUUAUUCAAGGCCACUUAAAGAACUGUCAACAUAGACAGUGAAUGCGGGACUCAAACCCACAACCCUGGUGUUGCCAUGGCCACACUAACCCACAACCCUGGUGUUGCCAUGGCCACACUCUAACCCACAGAUCCAUUCAUUUUACCCAGCACCAAAAAUGGUUCCCUUAUGAGGACAAACUGAAGAACCCUGUAUGGUUCUACUUAGCACCUUUUGUUCUAAGAGUGUAACGUGUCCCUUCCUUCUCCCUCAGGUCCUCUCCUGGAAGUGUAAGCUCCCCCUACAGACCAUAAUGCGUCUGCUGCAGGUGCUGGUCCCACAGGUUGAGAAGAUCUGUAUCGACAAAGGUUUGACAGACGAGUCUGAGAUCCUGAAGUUCCUCCAGCAUGGUACCCUGGUGGGCCUCCUGCCCGUCCCCCAUCCCAUCCUCAUCCGGAAGUACCAGGCCAACGCCGGCACGGCCAUGUGGUUCCGCACCUACAUGUGGGGAGUGGUCUACCUGCGCAACGUGGACCCACCCAUCUGGUACGACACGGACGUACGUCUCUUUGAGAUCCAGAAGAUGUAGAUAACAGUGAAGAGAUGUUGACUGAAGAUGGGACUACUUCCUGUCUUGUUCCUGCCCCUUCCUCCUACUGGCACUCUCUCCCUUGAACCUCACCUACCUUCAACUUGCCUCAUCAUCAUCAUGCUUGCCCCUCACACCUUCUCUUUGACUUUCCCCCGGUUGUGCAAACGUAAUGUGGACAAUAUUGAUAAA